UGCAGGCUGAAAGAUUUAAUAAUUCACGGUAAUCACGCAUUGUCGCCUCAGUGGAUGCGCUCAACGUAGCUCUGGAAAUCCCCCCCUCCCCACCUCCUCCUCCUCCUCCCUCCCCACCCACCACCACCACCUCCUCUCCCCACCUUUCUUCUCUCAUUCUUCCCGUUGUCUUCCUGAGGAUUUAUCGACGACACGCUUUGCAAACGCGCUCCUUAUCUGAAUUAUCAUCUGUUGCUGCCGCUGGAUUGAAAAGCCCCCCCCCCCCACCCCCCCAACCCGGUGAGCGGGCGCGCGCACGCGUUGGGCAUCGGCUGCCUGGAGGUGAUGUGGAUCUUUUAGACGAUCACCGUUUGAUAAUUCACUCCAGGUAAAAUGGACGAAAAAUUACUAUUACUUUUAUUACUUCUCCUGUCUCUCCACGCGCGGCUGUGAUUUGUCUCGCGUGCGCCAUGGUCCCCGUGCUGCGCUGAAUACCUCCGUAUUGAUUCAGACUGUGCGCUCAUAGGCAACGUUCAACGUGGAGUGACGCGGAGGACAGUUGGGUAUCGGCACCGUGGAGGUAUCCCCCCCCCCACCCCCUCCCUUGCGCUUGAUUUGAUUAAUUGCAUUUUUCGACGGAGGGGUCAAUGUUGAUGAUGGAGGACGACGAGCUGGACGCUCGUCAGGUCGAUUCGGAUUUCGAGCCGCAAAGCCGGCCUCGCUCGUGCACCUGGCCGCCGCCGUGCCCGGAGGACUUCCCCGGAGGACACGGGGUCAGCGGGGGUCUCCCGCUGGCCAGCAUCAAGGUGGAACCGGACGAGGUCCCGACUUGCAUCGCGGGGCUCGCGGGCGGAACGCCCGGGGAGCUGACGCGCCCGGCCGGCACCCCGGCACCCGCGGGCGCGACGCACCCGUGCCUGGCCGGCGCGACGCUGGACGCGACGGGACCGCUGCGCAAAGCCAAAUCCUCGCGGCGGAACGCGUGGGGGAACCAGUCCUACGCGGACCUCAUCACCCGCGCCAUCGAGAGCACCGCGGAGAAGAGACUCACGCUGUCCCAGAUCUACGACUGGAUGGUCCGCUACGUGCCCUACUUCAAGGAUAAGGGCGACAGCAACAGCUCGGCCGGCUGGAAGAAUUCCAUCCGACACAACCUGUCCCUCCACACACGCUUCAUCAGGGUGCAGAAUGAGGGAACAGGGAAGAGUUCUUGGUGGAUGCUGAACCCAGAUGGAGGAAAAAUGGGCAAGUCCCCCCGCCGACGAGCAGUCUCCAUGGACAACAGCACCAAGUACCUGAAAAGCAAGGGCCGUGUCAGAGGCAAGAGGGUCGGCCGUCCCGGGAUCGGAGCAGGGUCGGUGGUGGCUGGGCUCCAGGGUUCCCCCGACCAAAGCAGCCCGCCGCGGAAAGUCCUCCCGGGAGCUGGAGAUAGAUCUGGGAUAGAUGGAGAGUUUGAUGCUUGGACGGAUCUCCAUUCCAGGGCUAGUUCAUCAGCCUCCACCCUUAGCGGUCGUCUUUCCCCGAUACUCGCGGAGGGAGAGCCAGAGGAACCAGAGGAAGGUGGCCUGUCCUGUUCCACCUCCCCCCACCUCUACCCCUCGCCGACCAGCGCCCGGUCUCCAUCCAGGGGGGCAGGGAAUCUCUGUCCCCCCCUUGAGCAGCUGCCUCAACUAGCUAACCUGACUGGUGCUAUCAGCCUGGAUGAGCAGCUGGUGGAGGAUAGCUAUCAUCACCAUCACCCACCGCAGCAGCAACACCAACAGCAUCCGGCUGUUGGCAGACAUAAGCACCCAACCCCAGUGUACCACUACAGUUCUGGAGGGAAGGGGCAGAGUCCCUACGGGGCCGGCGUCUACGGGGCAACGAGCAUGGGGAUGCUGCGCCACCACUCACCCAUGCAGACCAUUCAGGAGAACAAGCCAGCAAGUUUCUCUGGAACCAUGCGGGCGUACUCCAGCACCAACGCCCUGCAGAGUCUGCUUACAGGCGGCCCGGCUAGGCAACAAUACUGUUCCAAGGACAUAAUGCUGGGACAGGAGAGGGAAAGCCAUCCUAUGAUGGGCCAAGCUAGUAAUGGAGUAGGCUCCAGCCCUCACAGCCACCACCCCGGCCACCUCAACGGCCACAGCCACAACGGAACUCACGGUCACAGCUCGACUCACAGCCAUAAUAGAACUCACAGCCAUACAAGUAGUCAUAAUCACAACAAUGUCACCAAUCACAACCACAACUCGCCUCUCAGCCUCACUCACAACAGUCACAACCUCAGCCAGAGCCAUAACCCCACACCGCCGCGGGCCGUGGCCCUCAUCCCACGAGGCAACGCCAAUCAGCUGCACAGCUACAACCACAAAGCUCCCUACCUGUACAGCCCCCCAUCACAUGCCCACCUCCCUGCCUCCACCACCCUCCCCCCAAACCCAGCAGGUAUGCUUGGCAUGCCCCAGGACUCGUGCCACGUGGCCGCUGCCCCGCACCCCCGCCACAACCAUUACCCCGAUCCACAACACCAAGGCAUGGCAAACGGACCGUACCACCAUGGCCAGGGGAUUGGGAAUGGUAGCAUUGGUAGCAACUACCAUGGCUAUCACCACCCUCACCCCCACGAGAGACUACCAGCUGACCUGGACAUUGACAUGUUCCACGGUAGCCUGGACUGCGAUGUGGAGUCCAUCCUCCUCCACGACAUUAUGGACUCCAGUGAGGAGAUGGACUUUAACUUCGACUGCUCCCUAGCCCAGGGGGUGGGCAUCGGCAUGGGUAUGGGCAUGGGUGUGACCAUGGGGAUGGGGAUGAGCGGUCUGACUGGACCACAGCAAGCCCACAGCAACCAGAGUUGGGUGCCAGGCUGAAGUCUGGGACGACACAUCCCGCCCUCUGAGCUCAAAGAACUACGCCGCCCGUGACGCGAUGUGCUCAACUCCUGACGUUCCUGACUCGGCACAGAGACUUUAGGACCAACGCUCCUGUCCCGCUAUAUUGUCUUCUUCUGUCCCCCCUCCUCCCUCCCCCCGAGAGAGAUGUAGUUCACGUCACAUUAGGUUUUUCUUCUUAUCAGCUAUACUGUGAUGACAAUCUCUCAGCUGUGCUUGCCCGUCACCGCUUCUCAUCUAACCAUGAGAACUUAACUCUCAAUGCACUUUAUUGCAAGUGGGUCACGUCUCAGAGCAGCGCAGGCGGAGCUCGGCAUGUUUUGUACGGUAGCUGCAGAAUGUGGCGGCAGCGAAUGAGGUAAACACAGGCGCCAUUGAUAAAGUCUUAAAGUCUUGGCAUUGAAUUUAAAUUGAACUCACAUGUCCGUGUAAAGGUCUAUUUAGUGAUUAGAACCGUGUGGCCUUGGACACAACCUAUUCAGUCAUCACUGACAAAUUAAAGAAUGGAAUAAAUUCAAUAUUGUUGAUUGACACUUGUUUAAAUGCAUAUAGCACUGUUUGAUAUUCUGUUUUCUAUUUGAGCUCAUCUGAUUGAAUAAUUAUCUUAAACUGGCAGUCCUGUUUUUUUUUUUUUAUAGUUACAUGCAUUCAGCCCUUGAGGCUUUGACUUUUCUACUGGAUCUAACAUUGUGUCAUUGCCCUUUUGCUUUUCGUUAAAGAAUAUCGUGACUAGACCGUUAAAUAGAUUUCAUCAUUACGGGCAAGCAUGCAAUUUGGCGGCUUAAAAUGUUGUAUCGCCUUAUCUCACCUGGGCUCCUUGUGCCAGUUUGCUCUCUCUGCCCGCCAACAGAGACAAAGUGACCAUUUCUCACACGCAGC